AUUGGUCGUUUUUUGUUGCUCAAAAAUAAAAAUAACAACGCUGCAGUUGGUAAAUAAGUCAUUUUUGUUCGCUCGUGUUUUGUUCCACCAUGGCCUGCCUGAUCCUCUUCCUCGCUGCAUCGAUAUCUCAGGCAAGUGACACUCACUCACCGGAACUCGCAAAAUCUUAUCGCCUCGACAUUCAGAUCUGCGGAUUGUCCACCGAACUCUUCCCGCAGAACGAAACGAUCGUGCUGCCACCUCAAGUGAAGGCGUUCGCGAACGCCCUCGCCAACACCAUCGAAGCCCUCGCCACGUAUCCGUUCCGCUCUUCGGCGGAGAUCUUCGGCGUCAUCUUUCGCUUCGUCGGCAACUACCUGAACUCGACGCUCGAGUUCAAGUACACGUGGAUCUUCAAGUAUGCGGAUGCAAUCGGCGGACGCGUCUUCAACAUGACCAGUUCCUGGGCUCCGGCAGUUCUGCGCGGAUUCCUGCUCGUCUUCAUACCGAAUUUGGACGAGAUCGGCGGAAAUCUUGGCGACGCGAUCUUGAAAUUGACGACGACCAUCAACAAUCCGUUGAGCGCAGUUCCAGGUUACAAUUUCGUCAACGGACUAUUCGGAAGCAAAAAUCCGAAACCCGGAGUCGCUACGCAGAAGCCAAAAGUUACCACCAAAAAACCUGAAGGUCCUGUAGAAAAUCCCGGAGUUACGACAGAGAAAACCGGCAUUCUUGGAUGGCUCGGUUAAUCAAGAAUAUAAAAUGAAAAGAGAAAUGCGCAAAUAUCCGCAAAUAA